AUGAAUGAGCAGAGACAGAUACAGCCAGCCUCUCACGACGACAAUGACGAUGACGAUGACGACGCCAUCGAAUGGGGAGAAACAGCACCACCCCUCAUCCAAGAUCUAUAUCGAUUCAUGAUCCACAAAGAACGAGCCAUUCAUGCAUUCCACCUCUGGCUUCGUCUCCUCGAGCACAAUCUCAUGCCCAACGUAAGAGAUUCGAGUGUCCAUUAUCAUACCGUUCACUCAUUGAAUGAUGACUACAACCUGGUUCGGAUAUCGUUGAACGCCAAUCCUGAUAAGAGCUUGAAUCGGAAGAUGAGGAUUCAGGUCCUUGCUUUUUCGUUGGCCUCUUCUGCUUCAAAGAAUGCAGGAGUGUUGACUCCUGAUGGCGAUGAAUCAGAGGAUCCAGACGAAAGAAAGACAACCAAGAUCCCCUGGAACUUAUUCCUCCGCGACCUGAGAAACCAACAUAUCUCCAUGCACGAAUACGGCGAUCCGAUGAUGAUCGGCGACUACGACUGUUUCAUAGCCUACAAGCAAUAUGCGCGCCUAUACACAGUCCAACAACAAUACACCAAUCCCGAGGCCCCCAUCAUCAAAGAGUGCUGGGUGAAUUUUGGCCUUCCGCCGCUCUGGAAGGAUUCGAAUGAUCAAGGACCUCUGUUGGAGUUCAAGACGCAUUUUGCGUUGAUUUGUCAGUUGCUGAGGGCUUUUGCUUGGAAUAUUAAUAUUCCUUAUGUUUAUCAUUGA